AUGUCCCAUCCUGCCUUACCGCCAGGCUUCGUCAACCUCCCGGUUUAUGCCGAAGGGCAGUCCAUCCCCGGCCCUUCCGGCGCGAGCGUCCUCUCGUCCGACGGAUUGCGCGCCUUUCACCACAUCAAUUCCGGCCUCCGUGUGGUCCUCUUCGCCGCCCCAGGUCCGCUGGUCUCCGCCACCAUUGUCGUCGGCACGCAGCCGCUUUCCAAUGCUGGCCAUCCGCACACUCUCGAGCACAUUAUCUUCCUCGGUUCCCAUAACUAUCCGCAAAGAGGCUAUCUUGACAACCUCGCAUGCCGCUGCCUCGCACGGGGAACAAACGCCUGGACGGAGACAGAGUAUACCGCAUACACUGCAAAGACCGCAGGCUUUCAGGGAUUUGCACAUUUGCUUCCGGUUUAUCUCGAUCAUAUUUUGAGGCCAAAGAUCAACGAUGCAGCAUUUGCUAGCGAGGUCUAUCAUGUACGUCCGGACGCCAAGGAGGCUGGCGUUGUGUUUUGCGAAAUGCAGGCGAGGGAGAAUACCGAAUCUGAUAUCUCAGACCGUGCCGUCCGAGCUGCUUUGUUCGAAGGUACACCACUCGCCUUGGAAUGUGGUGGCUUGUGUAGUGAUAUUCGCACUCUAACCAAUGAAGAUAUAGUACAAUUUCACCGCACCCAGUAUUGCGGUGAAAAUGUCACCGUCAUCGUCGGAGGCAAUGAAAUAGACCCGAAUGUUCUUCUUAACUCUGUCAAGCCCCUGCUGGACGAAAUCUCUUCGGCUCCUGGUUAUCAGAGAGGUCAUCCGCAAUGGAGAACCCCAAUUGACCUCAAACCCCUCCCACCUGUGUCCAGGCGCAUCAUCCCUUUUCCGUGUCCGGAUAAUGAUAUGGGGACCGUUAUACUAGCAUGGCGUGGGCCAGGAAUUAAUGAUCGCCUCACCGCGAUAGCUAUCGAGGUUUUGCUGUCGUUUUUGGAUGCGUACGUGUGGUCUCCUUUGCAACAGGAAUUUGUCGAAACAGAGGACCAAUUGGCGAGCGAGAUCGACUCUUCUAUAGAUGUAUUUCUGGAUGUCAGCGCAAUUGUCAUGUCCUUUUCCGGUGUGCAGCAUGUGGAAGACGAAGAUGACGACGACGAGGCCGUCGACGACCUGCAGGAAACAGACAACGCGAAGGACUGCGAUACCGCGAGUGUGGAGUCAAUUGAUCAAGAAAAAGAGUCAUUUUUAACAUCUGGGAGGUUAGAAAGACAGGUGAUGGCCUUUUUGUCCGAUAUCGUAAAGAAGGGGGAGCUUCCUGGAGGACUGUCUGCCAUGCAAGCCGCCAUUAAGAAGGAAGUCGAGGUCGAACUCACGGAGCUAGAGUCUGAUUCACACAGUUCCAUACCACAUCGUUUGCUUGAGGAGGUCAUAUAUGGGAGCCGUGACUCUCUGACAAUUGGGGAGGAGAGCCGCGGUUUCCUCGCGCAUUUCGCAGAACUAGAACAGAAGACGGAAGAAUAUUGGAUUGAGUUGCUUUCGCGACUUUUGGUUGAAGCUCCGAGGGUUGAGGUUGUUAUGGUGCCAGAUACUUCGCUUGCUCAAAAUAAUGCUGACGACGAACGUACAAGUCAGGUAGAACGUGAGGCCAAGCUGCGAGGCGAUGAGGUUUCGAUACAAGGGCAGGAUGGGAACUGUGCAUCACCUCUUGAGUCGUGUAAAUUCGCUGCAGACAUAUUUCCUCCCAUUCCGAGCACCCUGACUAUUUCUCGAUGGCCAUACAUUGUAACCCGAGGAGGUGCAAUGGAUUAUGGGUGUCAGUCUGUCACACUUGAGACGGAUUUUGUUCACUGCAGCAUCUUUCUCGACACCUCCAGGCUGAGUAUAGCGCAAAGAACGUUCUUACCGGUCCUUUGUGAGCUAUUACCAAGCUGUGACAUUCUCCUUGAGGACGGGUCAUAUAUAGCAUAUACCGAUCAUGCUCGGUCAGUCAGUGAGUUAACUGUUUCUACUGACGGCUCUGGAAUUCAUAUGGGAUACAGUAGCGAAAUGGCUCACCAAUGUACCAUUCUUCACUUUGCGGCGAUGCCGUCGUCGUUUGCAGACGCUGCUGAGGUCCUUUUCCAAACUUUCUUUUGCAGCGAAGUAACUGCCGAGCGCGUAUCAGCCGUAUCCCAAACCCUUCACGCCAAUGCUGUUACUGAUAUACGUGAUGGCGAUGUGGUUCUUGGGGCAGCUGUUCCCAUGAUUCCUUUCUUGGAGGGUGGUGAAAGAUGGAGCAGUCAUCUCCCCAACUAUACGCUGGCCAAUAUAUUAGGCUCCUUCCCAUUACUUUCAUUCAUGGCAGACGAGUUUACCAAAAAGAAACCGCGGAAACAGGUACAGAGAAAAAUUGUACGCCAACUGCGCGACUGCUUGCAUUCUUUGCAAGCCCUUCCUGGUUCUGACAUUUUCAUCCAAGUGACGGCUAGGGAUCCAAAACCGGCUCAUGAGGUGUUGUCUUCUCUUUGGAAGAAGCACAGAGGUUCUGAUGGACGAGACGGCAGUGACCCCAAGCCGUCUGGAAAUGGGCCUGCUGCGGGUGAACUUCCACUCUCACGCAGAAUCUUUGGGCGCCUCAGCGACGUUUUCCCUGAGAGAAGCAUCGCAAAGAUUAUUGGAAUCACUGGUGUUGACAGCACUUCAAUCGAUAUUCGCGUCGACUCUCCAGUAUUCAUUGGACAUGCAGACUGGAGCGCGCUCACUGUAUGUACAGAAAUGUUGUGCAGGAUGGAAGGUCCUCUGUGCACCGCAGUAAGAGGUACUGGACUUGCAUAUGGGGUACACAUUGAGAACUCAAGCUGGCUUGGUCAACUUUCUGCAUCUGUGUACGAGUCGUCAAAUCCAGCGGCUGCAUGGGAUGCAGUCUGUGCCUGUUUAGACGCUUUCCGGCAGUCCCUGAACGAGACACAUGACGAUUCAUGCUUGGUUGAUUUGGAAACUGCGAAAGCUUCGUUGCUUUACAGUUUGAACAGCAAGAGAUCAACGCCGGAGAGGAUUGCCGAUGGUGCGAUUGCUCGCACGGCGCUGGGUGUGCCAGCGGGCCCAAUGUCAGACAGAGCUCUAGAGGAGGCUAUAGAACGAGUGUCGCUUGACGAAGUUGGAAGCGUUUUCGACAAGCAUGUGGCGCGGUUGCGCCAGGAACGCAGUAGAUUAGUUGUUGUCACGUGCGGGGCAGGAGUUUCAGAAGAUAUAGUGGCAGCGUUCAGUCACUGCAAGAACGCAAUUCGUUUAGAAAACUGCCCAGUUGAAUCUUUACAUCCUCGUCAAGUUGUAGAAGUCGUACAGGCUCUCAAGGCAAAGUAAGAGGGGGGCAAACGAGAGCCCGUCGUGAUCGCUUCCAUGGAGAGUUAAAAGGUUUGAUGGCCCACGUUUGUAGCGGGGUUCAAGUUGGACUAACUUCUGUCACUAACUAUUGAGAGUGAACAGUAAACACAGAGAACGUUCACAUGCAAA